AUGAAUUACGAAUUCGAGCGAGAGAGCGGUUUUAUCAAUAGUCAGCCGACGCUUGCUGAGUGCCUGACAUCUUUCCCCCCUGUCGCUGAUUCAUUUCAAAGUUCAUCAAUCAAGAGCUCGACGCUUUCACGCCCGACACUGAUUCCUCCUCCCUUUGAGCAGACCAUCCCCAGCCUCAACCCGGGCAGCCAUCCGCGGCACGGCCGGCCCAGGCACAGCCCCGACGGAUGCAGCCCGCUGCCCACAGCCUCUUUACCCCCGGAGUACCCGUGGAUGCGCGAGAAGAAGGCGUCCAAGAGGAACCACCUGCCGACCUCCACCGCCACCACCGCCAUUUCUAAUGGACCUGUGUGCUUUUCUCCGAAAGGUGGGUUAAUUUUCGAACACUUACAGCAAAACUCUGUACUACCUGGAGCUAAUGCAGAGCCUAUAGGCCCUUCCCUUAUAACAAAAAAACACACAUUAGUUCUGUUUUUUCCUCUGAUGGAUAUUUGGUUAUUUGUUUGCGCUUAUGUUCUAGAAAGAAAGAAAAAAGUUUGGGUAAAGUUUGGUGAUGCAAGAUGAUUUAUUCCCCGAGCCGUAGCAGAGUUUUGAUGUGUGACAGUAAUGAAGAGUGAUGGAGUGCCGUUGCCGAGGAGGGCAGCUGGAGCAUUCAUUAGUAUCGCACACUAGCCUGGACCUCACUGCUUUUAUCCCGUUUGCUUCACCACCAUGCUGCACUUUUUUUCCACGCGUAAAACAGUCUAUUUAGUAUCUUUAGCUUGCUCUGCUUUUGGUUAAAAGGUUUAUAAGCAAGGGUCAGUAAAGCUCCAGCGGCCAUUUUGCUGCAGCAUGCUGUCAGCCUCUCUCUGGUGGUUUGAGAGAGCCAUAAUGUUAGAUUCACAGGCAGCAGGGUUAUGUAACUGUUGUGUCCUGCGUUUUUUAAUCCGCUGCUACUGUGCUUGCUUGUUUUCCAGACUCGCCUGAGAUUGUGGAGAGUGCCGGGGGAGGAGGAGGAGGAGGCUCCCGGCGGCUGAGGACAGCGUACACCAACACGCAGCUACUGGAGCUGGAGAAAGAGUUCCACUUCAACAAGUAUCUAUGCCGGCCGAGGAGGGUGGAGAUCGCGGCCCUGCUAGACCUGACCGAGAGGCAGGUGAAAGUGUGGUUCCAGAACCGGCGCAUGAAGCACAAGAGGCAGACGCAGAGUAAGGAGAAUCACAACGGGGAGGGCAAAGGGCCGUGCGCCGAGGACGGUAUCCACAGCGAGGAGGAGGAGGACGAGGCGGGCCCCAUGUACGAGCGGAGCGGGGCCCUGCUGGAGAGAGAUACCUGCUCCUUUCAGAAUAACUCUCUCAGCUCCACGCAGCAGCUCCACAAUAGCGAAGCUUUGGGUUUUGCUGCUGCGCCGCUGAACAGCAAUGACAAAAAUCUGAAACAUUUUCCCAACCCGUCACCCACUGUUCCGGGCUGCAUGUCAACAAUGGGCCCUGGCUCGGCAUCUGGCCCGGACAAUGGCGACAGUCCCCCGGCCCUGGAUGUUUCUUUACACGACUUUCAGCCUUUCUCCUCGGAUUCCUGCUUACAGCUCUCCGACGCAGCCUCGCCGAGCCUGUCAGAGUCCCUGGACAGCCCCGUGGAUAUUUCCACGGACAGUUUUUAUUUUUUCUCGGAGUCUCUGACUACAAUCGACCUCCAGCAUCUGAACUAUUGA